CACAGUUUCUAAGCACUUUCUUGCGCGAGGGUUCGCUUCUCUAAUCUCUACCAGAGUACCCUUCGGAUUGCCCGUUGGCGUAUCAGACCCAGGGCUUGUUUUCGAUCCUAGACGGGGCGAUGGGCGACAGUCAGUACUCUUUCUCUCUCACUACCUUCAGUCCUUCAGGGAAGCUGGUACAGAUAGAGCAUGCUCUGAUGGCCGUGGGAUCUGGUCAGACCUCUUUAGGGAUCAAAGCUGCAAAUGGUGUUGUUAUUGCAACUGAGAAGAAGCUGCCUUCAAUUUUAGUGGAUGAAGCAUCCAUUCAAAAGAUUCAACUUAUGACACCCAACAUUGGAGUUGUUUACAGCGGAAUGGGUCCAGAUUCCCGUGUUUUGGUGAGAAAAAGCCGAAAGCAGGCACAACAGUAUUACAGACUAUACAAAGAGGCAAUUCCGGUCACACAACUAGUCAGGGAAACAGCUACCGUCAUGCAGGAAUUCACUCAAUCUGGUGGUGUAAGGCCUUUUGGUGUUUCUUUACUAGUUGCUGGAUUUGAUGACAGCGGCCCGCAGCUUUAUCAGGUUGAUCCUUCUGGAUCAUACUUUUCAUGGAAAGCUUCUGCUAUGGGUAAAAAUGUUUCAAAUGCAAAGACAUUUCUUGAAAAGAGGUACACUGAGGAUAUGGAGCUUGAUGAUGCUGUUCAUACUGCUAUUUUGACUCUGAAAGAAGGUUUUGAAGGUCAAAUUUCAGGGAAGAAUAUUGAAAUUGGGUUAAUUGGCACUGACCGGAAGUUCAGGGUUUUGAGCCCAGCUGAAAUUGAUGAUUACUUGGCUGAAGUGGAGUAAAGCUGCUCUUUUGUGAGGAUCUGACAUAGAAACCAUGGAGGAAAAAAAUUAAAUAAUUGUUCUCUGUUAAGUGACUUUGAUCUUCCAAUGUAUUGUAAAACCGAAGCCUGAGCAAGCCCAGGAAACUUCUUCUUAUCUUCAUUUUUCUUGAUUAUUAGAGCUUGCAUUGCUGUGGCACCCCUUAUUUUGAAUUUAUUGUGUUUGGGAAAGAUUUUCUUAAAAUUAUUUUUAGAGUAGAUAAACAAUAUUGCUUUGAAUUUGUUACAUUUUUCAUACCUUUCAGCUAAACUUGUGUCACUAUUCAUGAAA